AGGCAUAUAAACAAUCGAGAGAUAGCAAGGUCUUGGCCCGCCUGAACACCAGCCAGAGCAACUUCCUUCCGCAGCUAUGAUACUUGAUCACAUUAUAGCCGCAUGCGCAGACAGCCUAGGAAUGUUGAUUGUGCGUGCAUGCGUCGCGUAUAUAGUAACUUCAGCCCUGCGCUCAACCGACGAGUAAACGGUUGAUACCGGGAGUAUUUUGACCCAAUGGCUGCUGCAGUAGCCGUGCGGACGAGAAGACUAGAGAGCGGCCGAGUAGGCCACGUCGGUCCCAGAAGACUGAUUGGCCCUGCAGUUCCGCCCCCGCCCCGGGCCAAACGACCGAGGCUUGAACAGCUGGAGAAAGAAAAGGCGUUGGAGCUGAGGAAGAAACACGUCGCGCCCUCGCUGGGUCUCCACUAUGCCGCGGUGAAGCCUAUCAAGGUCGCCUACGGACGGGGCCAGUACUUGUAUGACGAGUGGGAUGAGCCCUACCUGGACUGCAUCAACAACGUCACCCACGUGGGUCACUGCCACCCAAAGGUGGUAGCAGCCGGUGUGGAGCAGAUGUCAAAGCUGGUCCACUCCCCUGGCACCAAGAUGGCUGACUCAUACACACAACAACUUCUCUCAACCUUCCCCGACAACAUGGGACACGUCUUCUAUGUCACCUCUGGAACUGAGGCAAACGACCUGGCUCUGAUGAUAGCCGAGACCGUCACGGGACACUCGGAGAUCAUUGUCAUUGAUGGGGCUUACCACGGGCACUCCAAGCCUCUGGUGGGACUGAGUAGCUACAAGAUGAAGGAGAAAGAUGACUCGGGGAUAUCACCUAACCCUCAUGCCUGGAUAGCUUCCAAUCCAGAUCCAUUCCGGGGAAAGUACGCUGACCCAGCCACAGCGGGGACUCAGUAUGCUGGGGAAGUCAAGGAGAUGAUUGACAGCAUGGAGAAGGAGGGAAAGAAGUUGGCAUGCUAUGUGUGCGAGUCCUUCCCCGGAUGUGCUGGACAAGUGAAGCUACCUGAGGGAUACUUCAAGGCUGUAUUUGAUCACGUCCACAGAGCUGGUGGUCUGUGUGUCAUCGAUGAGGUCCAGACUGGGUUUGGCAGGGGCGGAGAAUUCUUCUGGAUAUUCCAGUCCCAAGGUGUGAAGCCGGAUAUAGUGACAGUGGGAAAACCAAUGGGGAACGGUCACCCCAUUGCAGCUGUCGUUACCACCAAGGAAAUUGCCAGGGACUUCCUCGCCAAACGCCCAGACCUUCAAAAUGAAUACAAGGGUAACCUGGUGUCUCUGGCGGUAGCAGAGGCAGUUCUGAGGGUGGUGGAGGAGGAGGGACUGGUGGCCCAUGCCCGUGAGCUGGGAGGGUACAUCCUCUCUCAGCUGAGUCUCAUGGCCAACAAACAUCCCUGCAUCGGUGACGUAAGAGGCUAUGGGUUGUUUAUUGGUGUUGAGCUGACGGAAGGUGCUGGAAGCAAGGCCCCCAAUGGCAAGCUGGCGAAAGACGUUGUUGCAAAGAUGUUGUUGAGAGAUAAGAUUAUGGUGAUGCAAGACGGACUGGACAACAAUGUCCUCAAGAUCAAGCCUCCAAUGUGUUUCACCAGAGCCAAUGCUGACUCCCUCCUCCAGUCUUUGGACGCCGUGCUCACCGACCUGACACAGUAGUCCGUCCCUUCCACACACUGUCACACGGUGUAUGAAUGACACACGGUUUUUACUCAUCGUCUUCAUUUUACUGAAGAACAGUUUUAAAACAGCGUGGUAGUGCCUUCUGACUCUAACUUGGGCACUACGAUUCUUCAUUUACAGAAGAAUGCGUUCAUCAAUGACCCCCUCUGUUAUAUUUCGGUAUUUAUAAAAUUCAUUCACAGGAGAACAUUUUUCUGUCAUUAUGUGUCUAAUAUUUAUGUGUCUAAUGUUUAUGUGUCUAAUAUUUAUGUGUCUAAUAUUUUUAUUAUUGACAUGUGAAGAAUGGUGUAUUGUAUUGUGUGUGUGGAUGCACUAUUCAGAACCCAUAUUUGGAGCGACUGUCUUUCCUGGCCUGGCUCCCCACGGCCCAAUGCUUCUGUAGGUCCAACUCUCUCUCUUUAGCCU